AGAGGAGGCUCCGGGGCGGAGGGGAACMAGGCCUGACCUCCGGGACCCCGGGGACUGUGGGUGGUCGCUGGCGGCGAGGGGAAGGGAAGGGCGCCCGGCCGGGCCGGCACUUCCGUAGAGUUUGGGACGGGAGCCUUCCCGGCACGUGAGAGAGAAGGGGCAGAGGGUGAAGCCCACCGCUCGCAGGGAGGCUGGCCUCCAUUCCUGUAAACAAGCAGUGCCUCUGUGAUUUAUUCCCAAUGUAGUUUUGGUACAGGUGGAAUUGUUGAAGAUGUCCUCAGGCCUUACAGAGGAGCAAAAGAGAAGGAUUGAAGAGAACCGCCAGCUGGCUUUGGCUAGGAGAGCAGAGAGGCUGGCAGCCCAGAGAACUGGGCACRUGGGCGUUGCUGCACCUUCGGGGAAAGAACAGAGUUUGGGCAAUCUGGGAAACUCGAAGGAAGAAAACAAUCAUGUCGGGUUCAYCAGCCAGCAACGACAGAAUACACACAAUCCUGUGGAGAAGGAGAGCUGCCUCCAGAAAGGCUAUAACCAUUACACAGCAAACCAGAUGGCUGGCUCACAUAGAGAGCAGCAAAAGAGUUGUUCAGAGGCCUCCGAACAAGCAAGUGGCCUUAAGCAGUUCCCUGCAACAACCCCAAAUUCUCUGAGUUAUUCCCAUAAACAUUAUUCCGAUGCUGGUAAUCAGGAACAUGGACAACACACUUCAAUUAAUCUUGGAACAUUCCAGCAGCCSAAAUGCUAUCCAGCCUACAAAAACCCCACAGGACCACCUCAUCCAAGAUUAAUUGGUAACGGGCACCCUGAUGGUAGUAAAGGUUUACAAACUCARAACAAGUCUUCCAUAAAAUAUGUUCCACCGCCAAGCAGCACUGCCCUGAGUGAUUCAGAAAUGCUGAUAAACAUGAACAGACCAACAGAAAGAACAGGGGGAGGUUUUGUCUCUCAGGCCAGUGGUAGGAUGCAGAAGAUGACCAGUUCUGCUGAUGUGGGUUCUGCCUUUGAAGCUGCCUCUCAUAAGAAAGCAAAUAAUGUUACAAAAGGAAAAUGUGUAAAAUAUGGAGAAGACAGAUUCCAGGUGGAAAUAGGGUAUAAUGCUGAACUUAUUGCUGUGUUUAAGAAAGUACCAAGCAAAGCCUAUGAUCCUGCUAUGAAAAAAUGGAAUUUCAGCAUGGAAGAUUACAGCAGUGUCUUGGAAGCAGCAAAUCAACUUUCAUCAGUAAUUCUGGCACCACUGGAAGGAGAAAAUGCAGUUUGCUUGGCAUCAGGCUCUCAUUUUGUUGGCAGUGGGGUUGAUGUGAAAUCCCUCUUGAAGAUGUGUAAGACCUGGAAGAASCCCUCAGCCCUCAUCAAAGGGAAGUGCGUGCUUGUCUCUCACUUGCGAUUUGAGGUCGAUAUUGGGUAUUCUGCAGAAGUGAUUGGAGUGUUCAAACAGGUUGAUUCCAGAAAUUAUGAUAUGAAUACCAGAAAGUGGAAUUUCCUGCUGGAGGAUUAUCCCAAACUAAUGGAAGUGUUACUGAACCUCGUGUCUGUAGAAGUGGAGCCGCUGCCCGAAGCAGUAAUUAAGACUUUCGCUGCUCGACUGCAGAGAUCUCCAUCACAGACAGACAUUCCCGAUGCUGACCUUUCAGCAGUGGACUCCAAAAUUGUGACGAGCCUCAUGCCCUUUCAGCGGGAAGGUGUGAAUUUUGCAAUUUUCAGAAAGGGACGUUUGCUCCUUGCGGAUGACAUGGGUCUGGGCAAGACCAUCCAGGCCAUCUGCAUUGCUGCCUAUUACCAGCAGGAAUGGCCCUUGCUGGUGGUCUCUCCUUCUUCCGUGAGGUUUACGUGGGCAGAGGCAUUUCACAGAUGGCUUCCAUCCUUGAGUCCAGACAGCACCAAUGUCAUAGUGAGCAGCAAAGACAACCUAAAAGGAAGUUUGAUCAACAUCAUCAGUUUUGAUCUCCUCAGCAGGAUGGACAAGCAACUUCAGAGCACAUUCCAAGUAGUUAUUGUUGAUGAAUCCCAUUUCCUGAAGAACACAAAAACUGCACGAUGCCAAGCUGCCCUGCCUCUACUCAAGGCUGCCAAGAGAGUGAUCCUGCUUUCAGGAACCCCAGCCAUGUCCCGGCCUGCAGAGCUCUACACUCAGAUCGCCGCUGUCCAGCCAACCUUCUUCCCUCAGUUCCACUCCUUUGGGCUGCGCUACUGUGAUGCCAAGAAGAUGCCAUGGGGUUGGGACUACUCUGGAUCAUCCAACUUAACCGAACUGAAAAUUUUGCUGGAAGAGUCCAUCAUGAUCCGACGUCUGAAAUCAGAUGUGCUUUCCCAGCUUCCAGCAAAGCAACGCAAAAUGGUUGUGGUGGCUCCUGAAGGCAUUAGUGCAAAGACCAAAGCUGUCUUGGAAGCUGAAGCAAAGAAGAUGGCCAAAGGAUAUGAAAGUAAAAAGCAGGAGAAGGAAGCUCUUCUUGUCUUCUUCAGCAGAACAGCAGAAGCUAAAAUCCGCUCAGUCGUAGAAUACAUCCUGGACUUACUGGAAAGUGGGAACAAUAAAUUCCUGGUGUUUGCUCAUCACAAGAUAAUGCUGGAUGCAGUAGUUGCAGAGCUGAAGAAGAAACACGUUGAGCACAUUCGCAUCGAUGGCUCCACAUCUUCAGCUGAGCGGCAGUCUCUGUGCCAGAAGUUCCAGUUCUCGGAGAAGCAGGCUGUGGCYGUCCUUUCCCUCACUGCUGCAAACAUGGGCCUGACAUUGUCUGCUGCAGAUCUGGUGGUGUUUGCAGAGCUCUUCUGGAACCCAGGGAUUUUGAUCCAAGCAGAAGAUCGAGCACAUCGAAUUGGACAGACCAGCUCCGUUAAUGUUCACUACCUGGUGGCUAAAGGCACAGCAGAUGACUACUUAUGGCCAAUAAUUCAGGAGAAAAUCAAAGUGCUGGGCGAAGCUGGUCUUUCAGAAGCCAAUUUCUCYGAAACAGCUGAGUCAACUAAUUACUAUCCUAAGCCAGAUCCAAAGCAGAAGACCAUCUAUGACCUUUUCCAGAAGACCUUCUCUGAGAGCAGAGAUGAUGUUGAUGAUGUUGAUGAUUUUUUGCUUUUGGAGGCAGCUGAUGCUGGCUGUGAGUUUGACUCUGGCAGUGCCCUGCAAGACAGAGAAGCAGAGACAUGUUCAGCGAGUCCCAAAAAAAAGCGGCGUAUUGAGGCGUUUUUCAAAGAGUAGUUUUUCUUUAUUAAAAAAAUGAAACCAAUCACGUAUUAUUUUUUUAGUUUUUGAAAAUAAAAGACUGGAUGYUUUCUGUAUCUCUGGCAUGUUUCAUCUCAAAGGAUGAGAAGGCAGUGUGACAGAUGUGCAGCACACACCUGGCAGCCUGCAGGGUUUGCAGUCCUGGUUUUGCAAAUGACUGAGUGGACAUGGGCAAGUACCAUUCUGCUGUGUUUCAGCAUGUCAGCCUCCACAGUUGUUUUGUYUAAAAAGCAGACAAUGGUUGUCUGUCCCCAGGGCAGAACUGUUGAGAAAACCACUCMUCAGCAGCUGCAGAGUGCUUUUAACAAUCAGUUUUCCAUUUCCAAAAAUUCUGGUCUCUAUUUCUAGGAGUUUGUUCACUGGCACAUUUGGCCAUUACUUGAUCACUCACAAACUGGCUCUUCAGUUUUCAGUUUGGCCAUGGGGAAAAAGAUCCAGACAGAUCUUGAUGUUUUGUGGAGGUGGGGAAGAGGAGGGAAAAGAGCAACUCACCACCUUGAAACUAAGUAAUGUAGCUGUGUGCCAGUAAGCGUGCAUUGUCUGUUUUAGGCACAUGUCUGUCUGAGCACACUYAUCUCUGGCCUCCUGCUGAAUAUCAGGACCUGCUCCAUAGCAUGUACUUCUUAUAUCAGUAGAGGGGGAAGCUUUUGCUGACUGCCAGGGAUUAAGCCUGAUUUCUCAGGGAAGGGUGUAUGUAUGUUUUCUUUGAGACUUGACUGAUUUCUACAGGUGAGUGAGGAGAGGGGGACACAGGCAGACGUUUUCUCUUGUUUUGUAAGAAACUGAUUCUGGAYUGAACUGUUUAAAUAAAAAGUUGUUUUAAGUUG